AUGGCAAGUGCUAAUGUUUAUUCGAAGGCGUAUCUUAACUCUACUAAUCGUUCUUCUUCAUUAACUGAUGAAUAUCUAUUACUUCUUUGGCCAAAAGAAAAUAAUUACAGUAUUUUGAAAAAGUCAAAAUGUCCUAAACCCGAUGAAAAUAACAUUGUACGAUAUAGAGAAAAAAAUUCAAUUUAUACAGGAAUUAUUGUACUAGAAGCUGCAGGUGGUGGAGGUACAAAAACAUUGAGCGAUUUAAGUCAAAUUCCGUUCGCGCGUAAACUGGCCCUUGUUCAAAAUACAACAAGUGCAUCAUCAAUUGUUCUAAUUCCUGGUAAAGAUAAUUCAACGAGCAGAGCAACAACAUCGAAUGCACAAGAUAUUUUACAAGAUCUCCACACAUUGAUACAAGAUGCAUCAACACCGAAGAAAAAAGAUGCAAGUGACAGUGAAAGUGUGAUGGAAUAUAGUGACGAUGAUGAACAAAUUGAAGCUUUAUCUGUUUUAAAGCCAAGAAAACAUCCGUCGAAAAAACGUAAGUUGGCUUCAAGUGACAACAGUAAUCAGCCAAAUACAGUAACAACAACGACGACGACAACAACAUCGCCGACAGUUAAACGUUUGACGGCAAAAUGUGUAUUCUCAAAGGAUGAUAUAAAUAAACAAAUGUUAAGAAAGAUUAUUCAUUCAUCAAUGCAAUUGGCAGUGAUGGAAGCGAAUAAUGAUAUUCAAAAAAAGUUAAAUCAAAUUGUCACAAUACAGAAGAAGCAUGAUAAAAUGUUUGAAUUAUUAUUUAAAAAUCAAGUAAAGAUCCAAAAAGCAUUUAGCCAUCGACAUGUUCAUAUACCCUUGGAAGAGCCUGAAGGUGAACAGCAGCAAGGUGAAGAAGAAAGUUUAGAUGAACAUUUUGAAACAGCUGUUAUGUGUGAACGUGAUGGAGAACAAAUUAAUUUAUUGUCAAUAGAAGCAGAUCAAAAUUAUAUGAAUUUAUAUGUAACAUUUAUGA